AUGGCUUUGGGUAUGGGUCAAAACUGGUCCCGGGUUCGACGAGUGAUCCAGAUGGGGCGGGGUGACCCAUCAGCCAUAUGUCAGAUGAUUGGUCGAGCUGGCCGGGAUGGGCGACCUGGGUUGGCUAUCAUGUUUGUGGAAAAAACUCGCAAGGGGGGGGAAGAACAAAGUGGCGGCUUUUGA